CUUGUGUUUAAUACCCAACAUGGUCCAGGUAGCAUCGCCUACACCUUUGCCAUGGAAAUCACUCCUCGUGAUCUGCGCCGUACGGCUGGCCGAACCCAUCGCAGCAACAAUGUGUUUUCCUUUUCUACCAUUUAUGGUUCGAGAUUUUCAUCUAUCAGAUAACCCGGAUGAUGUCGGUUACUACCUCGGCUGGAUGGCGAGUUCCUUCUGCAUCGCGCAAUUCUUUACAACUAUAUUCUGGGGGUCCAUCUCUGAUAAAUUUGGCCGUCGACCCAUCAUUCUCAUUGGUUUGCUAGGAACAGCCAUCACUAAUACAUUGUUUGGUUUCUCUACAAACUAUAAGUACGCUCUAAUCACAAGAACGCUGUGCGGAGCCGUCAAUGCCAAUAUUGGAAUUAUCAGAAGUAUGGUGGCCGAAAUAACAAAUCAUUCCAAUCAUGCUCGAGCCUUCAGUCUUUUACCUCUCACCAUGGGUGUUGGUACUGUGGCAGGUCCCAUGCUUGGAGCUUUGUUUGUUCGACCAGUUGAUCAGUUUCCCGGUCUAUUUGAAUGGCUCAACAAUCCUGCCUUGACUCAUUUCUUCCAAACUUACCCAUAUUCACUUCCGUGUAUUAUGGGCUCGACAUUCUGCUUAACUGGCGCCAUUUUCGGAUAUUUCAAUCUCGAGGAGACCCUGCCCGGCAGAAGAGCACCCGAUUUCGAAGAACGCUUUCAUAUUCAAAGUCCAGCCAAUGCUACUGCCGAUGAGACGACUGGUUUGCUCGGCAAAAACAAAAAGUUGAAUUAUGGUAAUGGGGUAGAAGACGAUGCUCCUGUUCCUGUCAAGGACAAUAAAUCAACCUAUCUCGCUGCACUCACUCCGGACAUCCAAAAGGUCAUUUUCUCCUAUGUUUUGAUUUGCUGCACCGUCAUCAUGGAAACCGAGCUGUUUGCUCUAUGGACCACAUCCGAUGUCACUUCGGGAGGUCUUGGAUUCAAUUCCAAGAAACUAGGAACGGCUCUCACCAUUUCAGGUGUGGGUAUGAUGUUCAUGCAAGUUAUCGUCUAUCCUCGCCUCCAGCGUCGUUUCGGGACCAUUCCACUAUUUCGAACUAUGCUGGCUGUUGCCACCGUUGUAUUCUUUUCGCAAGGAUUCAUUCGAGAAUUUGCGCAAAGACAAAUGUACCAAGCGUUAUGGACAGUUCUGGUCACGAUUCUGUUCCUGAAGUCAGCCACUGUCUCCGUUAUGUUCACCAGCUCCAUGAUCCUCGUGGCGAGCCAUGGCGCCAACUCGGAUAAGCGAGGCUUCAUCAAUGGUCUGGCUGAGACACUGGCUGCUGGCGUUCGUGGUAUUGGACCAGCUCUCGGUGGUACUGCAUACAGCUGGGCUCUCGGGGCAGAAUACUUUCCACAAUGGUUGCGAUGGCAGUUUGUGUUCAUCAUGGUAUCCGCAAUCUGUUUUGCAAACUUCAUCGAGAGUUGGUGGAUUCGUGAACCAUCCAGGCCCAAGCAACCACUCAACCAAGUUGUGAUCAUUGCCAAAACCGUUGAACAAGAGGAGGCAAGCAUGGCCAACUAAAGUAGAUAUCUACACAGACAGACAACCAACCAACCAUGGGUUAUAGCAUUAGAUUCAUUAUAUCCAUCUGUAGAUAUCCUACAUAUACACACAAAUGUAGCAUUAUGGUUAUGCAACAAAACUCGAAGGUUUCUUAUUUCAACUAAAAAAAAGGGGGAAGAACAAUAGCACAGUAUGAAACAAAAUAGAAUAUUUGAAGUGGUGUACCGAUGAAGGUUUUAAA